AUGAAGAUCACGCUUUUCGCGAUGGUUUUUGCCUCGGUGCUGUCCAAGGCCCACGCUGAUGAAUACGACUACAGAGAUAUUAUGCCUGACUUUAUGGGCAACAGCGAGGAGUUCAAAGAAAUGUUCCGUGGCGAGUGGGGAAAACCGGAAAAAGGUCCCUGGAUGGAAUGGCAGCAGCCUACUUCCACGUACAUAACCACUGUUCCGUUGACAUGCGCGGACAAGACUUGCACGAAGACCUUCAUACCUUCAAUCAGCAUCGCCCGCAGCACUGCCGAGCCAGGUAGCGAUGCGGACGGCAAGCAUGCAAAGGUUUAUACCAGUGUAAUUGGUGCCCCCGGCACAAUGACCAUCGUGCCCGAAACCACCAUGACUCGCAAUGCCAUCUCUGCUCAUCAACCCACUGCUACUGGAACUACCGACCUCACCAAAACCCAGCAUGAGAACAACGAUGCGGGUCGUGAAAGUACUUCCAUCACCGGGAAAUUCUCACAUCAUGAUCAUCAUCUUUCUCCUGAGGAAUCGCACAAGGCCAAAGACUCUCAGUUGUCCCAUCAUGAUGAUUAUAUGCUUUACCGGCUCGCGGCUUUGCACAAGGAUGAAUUUGCGCACUACCUUGUAACGCAGGAACACGGCAAGCACAAGAAUCACGCCGCCACCACACAUGCGGCAGCUGUUGUAACGCAGGAACACGGGAAGCACAAUACUCACGCCGCCACGACAAAUGCGGCAGCUGUGGUCGGUAGUGUAAAACACAGCUCUGUCAAGCACAAGACUCACGCUACCACAACACGUAUGGUGGCAGUAGUCCAUACACACAGCGCCGUCAAGCACACGACCCACGCUACUACAGCGAAUACGGCGGCAGUGGUCGUUGACGUAAAAAACAGCUCUACCAAGCACACUACGCCGGCGCGAGUCACUCCGUCAAAGAGCUCUUCAAAGCAUGGCGCUAAACACACCCCCAAGCCGAAUCAACAUCUACUUGAUUCGGACGACGUUUCUGAAUCCCUUGCGAGUCACGCAAGCUCCACCGAGGAACAGUCCAUGACCAUUUUGCGGACUCCUAGCUAUGUCGGUGGCUCAGCUCGACCCUCAAGGUCUGCUCAUCGUUCUCGAUCAUCUCACUACGGUAUGCCUUCAAGCCCCACGAAGACUAUUACCAUUGAUGGCCCGACCAUAACCUAUGCUCGGCCUACUAUUGUGUACCCAGCAGAGACAUCGACUAGCUUGGUGCCGAUCGUCAUGCCCACAGUCGUGUACAGCGGUGCGAUAUCAUACAUUCCCAUCGCCGUUCCUACCACCAUUUACAGCGAGCAGCCGGUUACUCUACAUGACAGUGUAACUUCAUACAUCCCUGUCGCAGUUCUGACCACAACCACCAUUGAGGACGAGCAUACUACAACACUCCACAGCACAUAUUUCGAGCCGACCACGGUGACCGUAUCGGAGCCUUGCCACACGUGUCCCAGUGGCAUGACUAUGUACACCUCGACUUCGGCGUAUGUCAGUGUCUCGUCCAGUAUCACAACUCCGACACCUCCCCCUACCACUUCCGGACUCCAUUAUGUCACCCAAACCUGGUACAGCACCGUCACCCAGACAAUUACAGACUGUCAUGAGUGCCAAGAUCGGCCACAGAUCUCGAAAGUCACCAAGACCAUCUGCAGUACCUACACGCUUCCAUGGCCUCCUUCAGCUGCUGCCUCGGAACUGCGCACCAUGCACAAAGCCAAGAAGCAUCGUGCUUGA